AUGCUCAAUUUCACUGAUGUGACAGAGUUCAUUCUUUUGGGGCUAACCAGCCGUUGAGAAUGGCAAGUUCUCUUCUUCAUCAUCUUUCUUGUGGUCUACGUUAUCACCAUGGUAGGCAAUAUCGGCAUGAUGAUGUUAAUCAAGAUCAGUCCUCAGCUUAACAGCCCAAUGUACUUUUUCCUCAGUCACUUGUCAUUUGUUGAUGUGUGGUUUUCUUCCAAUGUCACCCCUAAAAUGUUGGAAAACCUGUUAUCAGAUAAAAAAACAAUUUCUUAUGCUGGCUGUUUAGUACAGUGUUUCUUCUUCAUUGCUCUUGUGCAUGUGGAAAUUUUUAUUCUUGCUGCGAUGGCCUUUGAUAGAUACACGGCGAUUGGAAAUCCUUUGCUUUAUGGCAGCAAAAUGUCAAGGGUUGUCUGUAUUCGACUGAUUACUUUCCCUUACAUUUAUGGUUUUCUGACGAGUCUGGCAGCAACAUUAUGGACUUAUGGCUUGUACUUCUGUGGAAAAAUUGAGAUCAACCAUUUCUACUGUGCAGAUCCACCUCUCAUCAAAAUGGCCUGUGCUGGGACCUUUGUAAAAGAAUAUACAAUGAUCAUACUUGCCGGCAUCAACUUCACAUAUUCCCUGACUGUAAUUAUCAUCUCUUACUUAUUCAUCCUCAUUGCCAUUGUGAGAAUGCGCUCAGCAGAAGGAAGGCAGAAGGCCUUUUCCACAUGUGGGUCCCAUCUGACAGCUGUCAUCAUAUUCUAUGGUACUCUGAUCUUCAUGUAUCUCAGACGUCCCACAGAGGAGUCUGUGGAGCAGGGGAAGAUGGUGGCUGUGUUCUAUACCACAGUGAUCCCCAUGUUGAAUCCCAUGAUCUACAGUCUGAGGAACAAAGAUGUGAAAAAGGCCAUGAUGAAAGUGAUCAGCAGAUCAUGUUAA